GAGACCCCGCUCCUUAUUAAGACAAACGAUAUAAAUAUCGGGGUUUAGAGCAAUUUUAUUGUAUUCCUUCGUUUUCUUCGUAUCCGUCUACAGCACCUUGCAUUUGCAAUAGAUCGGAUCGGCAGGCCUCUGGUCUUCCUGCGUUGGCGUCCAAUUUGGUAACUGAAGAGCUUUUGAUUGUGAAAUAUGGCUCUUCCCGGCCAGCACGCAGAUUGCCCAAGUUUUAAGCUUGUGAUUGUCGGCGAUGGUGGCACUGGAAAAACGACAUUCGUGAAGCGUCAUCUUACAGGGGAGUUCGAGAAAAAAUAUGAGCCUACCAUUGGUGUAGAAGUCCAUCCUCUUGAUUUCUUCACGAAUUGUGGAAAGAUUCGUUUUUACUGCUGGGAUACUGCUGGUCAGGAGAAGUUUGGUGGGCUACGCGAUGGCUACUACAUUCAUGGGCAGUGUGCCAUUAUCAUGUUUGAUGUCACUGCUAGGUUGACUUAUAAGAAUGUCCCAACCUGGCAUAGAGAUCUUUGCAGAGUGUGUGAGAACAUUCCUAUUGUUCUCUGUGGAAACAAGGUUGAUGUGAAGAACAGGCAAGUGAAAGCCAAGCAAGUUACUUUCCACAGAAAGAAGAAUCUUCAAUACUACGAGAUUUCUGCCAAGAGUAAUUAUAAUUUUGAGAAGCCAUACCUCUACCUGGCACGCAAGCUAUCAGGGGAUCCAAACCUUCAUUUUGUGGAAUCUCCAGCCCUUGCUCCCCCUGAGGUUCAAAUUGACCUUGCAACUCAAGCACAGUAUGAGGCAGAACUGACAGCAGCUGCAGCCCAGCCUCUUCCAGAUGACGAUGAUGAUGCUUUUGAGUAAAUGUUUUUUUAGUCCAUAGUUUGAAUGCUUCUGCAUUGUUAGGGUGGCGGAAUUGUUUUGUUCUGUACCAUUGGAGAUGAUUUAUGAGUUCCUGAAUUCAAUUUCCUCUUUUGUAUUUGGGCAUAUAUACUAAGUUUUUGAGGUGCACUCAACACACAUAUGUAUGAAGCGCAACUCCAUUAAUUGUUGCCAGGAUUGCAUAACUCAAACUGCUUUUGCAGGUUUCUUUAUAAUGGUUAGAACUGGAAUUUUGAGAUAUCCACUCGUGAAGUCUUAAUAGAAGUUUUUAUUAGUGUCA